UCAGCGCUAGCCUUCCUGUCUGCCCGUGGCUAGAGGACGUUGGUGUCACACAGGACCGAGAGCUUGAUUUCUCCACCGAAUCACCUAAAAGAAACCACCAAAAGGAAGAAUGUUUUCCCGCGCAGUGAGACCCAGCGUCGGCCUGGCCCGCAGCCUGUCCACGUCCCCGCAGAGCCACGCCAAGGUGGCGGUGCUGGGGGCGUCCGGCGGCAUAGGCCAGCCGCUGUCGCUGCUGCUGAAGAACAGCCCGCUGGUGAGCAGGCUCUCCCUGUACGACAUCGCCCACACCCCGGGGGUGGCCGCCGACCUCAGCCACAUCGAGACCCGGGGCCACGUCACCGGCUACAUGGGCCCCGAGCAGCUGGACGCCGCCCUGAAGGGCUGCGAGGUGGUGGUGAUCCCCGCAGGGGUGCCCAGGAAGCCCGGCAUGACCCGGGACGACCUCUUCAACACCAACGCCACCAUCGUGGCCACCCUGGCCGACGCAUGCGCACGCAACUGCCCCGAGGCCAUGAUCUGCAUCAUCGCCAACCCCGUCAACUCCACCAUCCCCAUCACCUCGGAGAUGAUGAAGAAGCACGGCGUGUACAACCCCAACAAGGUGUUCGGGGUCACAACCUUGGACAUUGUGAGGGCCAACGCCUUCGUGGCAGAGCUGAAGGGGCUGGACCCGGCCCGGGUCAACGUGCCUGUGAUCGGGGGUCACGCGGGGAAGACCAUCAUCCCCCUCAUUUCCCAGUGCACACCUAAAGUGGAGUUCCCCGCGGAUCAGCUGGCCGCCCUGACCGGCAGGAUCCAGGAGGCCGGCACUGAGGUGGUGAAGGCCAAGGCGGGGGCGGGAUCCGCCACACUCUCCAUGGCGUACGCCGGCGCCCGCUUCACCUUCUCCGUCCUGGACGCCAUGAAUGGGAAGGAAGGGGUGGUGGAGUGCGCCUACGUCAGGUCCGAGGAGACGGAGUGCAAGUACUUCUCCACACCUCUUCUUCUGGGGAAGAACGGCAUUGAGAAGAACCUUGGGCUGGGCAAACUGACCGCCUUCGAGGAGAAGCUGGUGGCCGAUGCCAUCGGAGAACUGAAGGGGUCAAUCAAGAAGGGCGAGGAAUUUGCAGCUAAAAUGAAGUGAACAGGAGCUCGCUGCCGUUUCAGAAACCCAUAACUGUGUUGAUGGAUGAAUUGUUCUGUCUUAAAAUUAAAAAUGCAUCAGGGUCAUCUAAGAUCUGUCAGUGUUUCCUCUCAUUUUCUUUUUGUGGUUGUUAGGAUUAUCUAAUUUAACUUUACCUUUUCAAACAUGGCUUUAUCUCGUAUGUAUGAUUUGUGUACGUACAUGACUGUGACUUUUAUUCUUUUGCGAAUGUCAGACUUGAUCAAAAGUUCAUAUUUUCAUGUAGGGUCGGCAUUUGUGGAGAUGUCUCUGCUGAGUAAACUGGAAGGAAAUACUGUCAUGCCAGCUGAUGCACUUAAACUAGUGGUUGUUGAUGAGCUAAAAUGUUCAGUCCACCAAUAAACAGUUUUAGCUUUAAACAA